CCCCGCAUUUAUCUUUGACACUGAAGUUGUUUGCCACUCAUACUGAGACAAACAUCUUCCGACCGGGAAAAUGUGGAAUGUUGGCUGCGAUCUUAAUGCCUUCAUUGUCUAUGAAAACUCGAGGACGAGGAUGCGUUUUCUUUGAAGUGAGGUGUAAAGUUCACACGAAGAAAGGGACACUUGGCUAGCUAAAGAAGCUAGCUGCCUCGCUAGUGGGCUGUUUUUGUUCGUGAUAACCCAACGCCGGGACUGAGUUUUGACAGCAAAAUGUCUUCUGCCGAAAGUAUGGUGGCUCGAUUUGAAAAAAUCGAUGCCAUGUUGCAAGACCCCCAGUCGGAAAUAAACACGGAUUGUCUACUGGAUGGCUUGGAUGCACUGGUGCAUGACCUUGACUUCCCUGCCCUAAGGAAAAACAAGAGCAUUGACAACUUCUUGAAUAGAUAUGAAGAAACUAUUAAAAAACUCCGCAGUCUACGAAUGAAAGCAGAAGACUAUGAGGUGGUUAAAGUUAUUGGAAGAGGUGCAUUUGGAGAGGUUCAGCUGGUUAGACACAAAGCCACUCGCAAAGUAUAUGCUAUGAAACUGUUGAGCAAGUUUGAGAUGAUUAAGAGGUCAGACUCUGCUUUCUUUUGGGAAGAGAGAGACAUCAUGGCUUUUGCCAACAGUUCGUGGGUGGUGCAGCUCUUUUUUGCAUUCCAAGAUAUUCGCUACCUCUACAUGGUGAUGGAAUACAUGCCUGGUGGUGACUUGGUUAACUUGAUGAGCAACUAUGACGUCCCAGGGAAGUGGGCCCGCUUUUACACUGCGGAGGUGGUGCUAGCUCUGGAUGGAAUCCACUCCAUGGGCUUUAUACACAGAGAUGUAAAGCCAGAUAACAUGUUACUGGACAAAACAGGACACCUAAAACUGGCAGACUUUGGGACCUGCAUGAAAAUGAAGGAGGAUGGUAUGGUACGAUGCGACACGGCAGUGGGAACUCCAGACUACAUUUCACCCGAGGUACUGAAAUCUCAAGGAGGAGACGGCUAUUAUGGCAGGGAGUGUGACUGGUGGUCAGUCGGAGUCUUUCUGUAUGAAAUGCUUGUCGGCGACACUCCUUUCUAUGCAGAUUCAUUGGUGGGGACCUACAGCAAAAUUAUGAACCACAAGAAUGCUUUGACCUUCCCGGACGACAACGACAUCUCCAACGAUGCAAAGAAUCUCAUCUGUGCUUUCUUGACUGACAGAGAGGUUCGACUGGGCCGUAAUGGUGUAGAUGAGAUAAAGAGGCAUCCUUUCUUUAAGAAUGACCAGUGGACCUUCGAGAACAUCCGAGAGACUGCUGCUCCUGUGGUGCCUGAACUGAGCAGUGACAUCGACACCAGUAACUUUGAUGACAUCGAGGAGGAUCGGGGAGAAGAAGAAACCUUUCCCAUACCAAAGGCCUUUGUGGGCAACCAGCUUCCUUUUGUUGGCUUCACAUAUUAUAGCAAUGAACAUUUUUCCCGCCGCUCCACCACCAAAAAGACCAGUGACAAACACUGCGUUUCCACAAAAGAGGACAAGAGUCGUCUGGAGAGCCUGCAAAAGCAAGUCUACCAAUUAGAGGAGCAGCUCCACAACGAGAUGCAGCUUAAAGAUGAGUUGGAACAGAAAUGCAGAACAUCAAACGCCAAGAUUGAGAAGAUCAUGAGAGAACUGGAUGAAGAGGCAAACCUGAAGAAGAAUGCAGAAGCUAACAUAUCUCUGCUGGAGAAAGACAAGAUUAUGCUCCAGCACAGGUUCACAGAGUACCAAAGAAAAGCUGACCAGGACGCAGAGAAGAGACGCAAUUUGGAGAACGAGGUGUCAACUUUGAAGGAACAGCUUGAAGAUAUGAAGAAGAUCAGUCAGAACUCACAGGCCUCCACUGACAAGAUUGUUCAGCUGCAAAAUCAGCUGGAUGAGGCCAACGGCUUGCUGCGUGCAGAAUCAGACACGGCAGUGAGACUGAGGAAAAACAACGCAGAGCUGACGAACGCCUCGAACCAUUUGGAAAGUGUGAACCGUGAGCUGCAGGAGCGGAGCCGUGCGGGAGAUGCAGUGAAGGCACAGCUGGAGAAGGAGCUCCUGCUUCUUCAGAGCACGCUGGACUCUGAGCGCCGCAACUACAGCCAGGGCUCGGAGGAGAUGAGGGAACUGCAAGCGAGAUUAGCCGGACUGCAAGAGGACAACAGAAACCUGAAGCUCAGCUUGUCCAAAGCUGAGGCAGAACGCAAGCAGGCGCAGGAAAGGAGUAACAACCUGGAGAAGGAAAAGAACAGUGUGGAGAUAGACCUGAACUACAAGCUGAAGACCUUCCAGCAGCGUCUGGAGCAAGAACAGACUGAACACAGAGUGACACGGGCACAGCUCACAGACAAAUAUGAGUCUAUUGAAGAAGCCAAAUCGGCUGCCAUGAAUGCUGUUCAGCAGAAGGUGGCAGAGGAGACGGGAGCGAGGAUGAGAGCGGAGAGCCGGGUCCUGGAGGUAGAGAAGCAGUGCUCCAUGUUAGAAUUCGACCUUAAGCAGUCGGUGCAGAAAAUCGAGCAGUUGAUGAAACAAAAGGAGAGGCUGGAAGAUGAGGUGAAAAAUCUGCAAAUGCAGCUGGAACAGGAGUCAAGUAAGCGAGUCGUGGUUCAGAGUGACCUGAAGACCCGCAUGCAGGAUGUGGACCGUCUGAGGUGUUCGGAGAAGCAGCUGAAGCAGGAGAUCAACACAGCGCUGGAGAGCAAACGCUCCCUGGAGUUCCAGCUGGCACAGCUGACCAAACAAUACAGAGGCAACGAGGGACAGAUGAGGGAACUUCAGGACCAGCUCGAAGCUGAGCAGUAUUUUUCUACACUUUACAAAACUCAGGUCAAGGAGCUAAAAGAGGAGAUUGAGGAAAGGAACCGACAGGUACAAGAAGCACAAAAACGGGUGCUGGAUUUGUUGAGUGAAAGGGACUCCCUGACUGCUCAGCUGGAUCUGACAGUAACCAAGGCCGAGUCCGAGCAGCUUGCUCGCGGCCUUCAGGAGGAGGAGUAUUUUGAGCUCAUCCAGGAGAACAAGAAAGCAGCAGCCAGGCACAAGCAGGAGGUCGGGGAAAAGGAAGCCACUAUUGCUCGGCUCGAGGAAUCCAAUAUCACGUUAACCAAAGAUGUCGAGAACCUCAGCAAAGAGAAAGCCGAGUUAAGCGAGAAGCUUCGUUCUCAGGAUGAAGCAUAUGAAGCACAGAGGGAAGAGCACAUAAAUGCAAUCAAAGCCAACUACGACAAGGUCCUCAAUACAGAACGUACUCUGAAGAUUCAGGCGGUGAACAAACUGGCAGAGAUCAUGAAUCGUAAAGAUAUGAAGCUGGACCAGAAGAAGAAGGGCAGUACGGCGGAUCUGAGGAAGAAGGAGAAGGAGAACCGCAAGCUUCAGCUGGAGCUUAAUCAGGAGAAAGAAAAGUUUAACCACAUGGCCAUCAAAUACCAGAAAGAACUCAACGAGAUGCAGGCCCAACUUGCAGAGGAGUGCACAAAUCGCAACGACCUGCAGAUGCAGCUCGACAGCAAGGAGAGUGACAUCGAGCAGCUGCGAGAGAAGCUGAACGAUCUGCAGCAACGGAUGGAAAAUUCCAGCAUCACGAGCUUGCAGACAGAUGAAACGGACAGUAACAUUGCAGAAUCCAGACUGGAAGGAUGGCUGUCCAUUCCUAAUCGAGCUAACAUCAAGCGAUACGGAUGGAAGAAGCAGUAUGUGGUGGUGAGCAGCAAGAAGAUUCUGUUCUACAACGAUGAGCAGGAUAAAGAGCAGUCGAACCCCUCGAUGGUACUUGAUAUUGAUAAACUGUUUCAUGUGAGACCAGUCACACAAGGAGACGUGUACCGCGCCGAUACAGAGGAGAUUCCUAGGAUAUUCCAGAUCUUGUACGCCAACGAGGGAGAGUGCAGGAAAGACGCAGACAUUGUAGAGACCGUCCCUCAGGGCGACAAAACCAACUGUCUCCCACACAAAGGCCACGAGUUCAUCCCCACGCUGUAUCACUUCCCUUCCAACUGUGAUGGCUGCUCCAAGCCUCUAUGGCACGUCUUCAAGCCGCCUCCAGCCCUCGAGUGCCGCCGCUGCCAUGAGAAGUGCCACAAGGACCACCUGGACAAAAAGGAGGAUAUUAUGAGACCCUGCAAAGUAAACUACGACGUGACCUCUGCCCGGGACAUGCUCCUGCUCGCUCUGACCCAAGACGAGCAAAAGAAAUGGAUCGGCCACCUUGGGAAAAAGAUUCCUAAAACCCCACCACCGUUUACUAGAGCCUCGCCCCGUUCCGUGUCCGUUCGCUCUGUAUCCAACCAGUCCAUGCGCAAGAACCCUAAAGGCAAUACGGGGAAACUGAGCUAACCAUCUGAAUCAUUGGGAUUUUUUGUGGACUUUUUUUCUUCUCAUCUACAAAAAUGGAAAGCCUGUACCUUGUUGAAAAUGUAUAAAGAAAACACAUUAAAUAACUAAUGACAAGCCCUGGAAAAUUGCACCCCAAGGCACCGUGGACUUUAAAAGACUUGACUCCACAUCAUUCAUCAGCCUUCAUAAAUGUCACCCAUCCAGCUCAGCACACUUGCAGUUCUCUAUUUCAACCAGAAGAUGGCACACUCGACCACACACCAGGACAGACAACAGAGAGACUGAAGGACUCGUGACGUGAUGCAUUCUGUAUUUCAUAUUUUUCUAAAAGGGGGAAAUUGAAGGGGGGGUUUCAUCUGGACUCCUGUAAGCAUGUUUUCAGUUUAAGGUACUGUCGUACAGGGAUUAUAGAUCUGCAGUAAACAAUCAUUUCUCAGGAGUAGAAAAUAUCUCAAGACAUUUAUUUAUCCAUUUCUCCAUUUCUGACAGAUCUUUGAGCUAAAUACAUUUGUUUCAUUUCCAGCUAAAAAUGACUGAUGCCUUCAUCUAACUUCUCUGGCCUUUUUGCCUUUUUUUUAAGUCACUUUGCAACUCUUUCAGGUUUGGGACAUGACUACCAGAUGUUUUUCAGUAAGGACAUA